CGGGCAACGCAUUCCAGAGCGCGACCCGCAGCCAAUCAGGAAGGAGCAUCCUUUCAAGUUUUGGCCAAUGAGAAGCAGAGAAGUGAAAUUUGAAAGAUUCGCGGGGAAGGAAGUGGAGCCGGAGCCGGAGAGAGAGCGGAGCAAGAGCCGGGGAGCGAGCGGAGCAAGAGCCGGGGAGCGAGCGGAGCAAGAGCCGGGGAGAGAGCGACCCAGAGCCGGGGAGAGAGCCGGAGGGAGAGCGACCCAGAGCCGGGGAGAGAGCCGGAGGGAGAGCGACCCAGAGCCGGAGGGAGAGCGACCCAGAGCCGGGGAGAGAGCGGAGCGAGCCCGGACCCACCCAGAGCCGGGGAGCAUCCCAGCCGGAGACCGACCAGCGACCCCGGGGCCCACCAGCCACACCAAGCCGGCUCACCAGCUGCUUCAGGGGAGGAGAGCGAGCAGGGAAGCGCUCCCGGCAGUGACCGGAGACCGAGCGAGCGACCGUCCGUCCACGGGCAACCCGUGGUUUCCAGCCUCAUCCCCGGCUCUCUCGCCGCUGGCCAUGGCCUUCACCCGCCGUGCUGCUGCUCUUCAAAACUUGGAGAAUAUGGAACCGGCAUCUAAGCUUGCUGGGGCAUCCCGACGGCCUGCUUUGGGCGACCUGGCCAAUCGUGUUGUGACUCGGGGAGCUGAGCAGAAAGCUAACAAUAUGAAAGUGUCCAAACCAGUAGCAUCUAAACCAAAAGGCAAAAUUUUAACAAAAAAUGUCUCCAAACCUAAUGUUCAAGUCCUGAGACCAGCAGUUCAGGAAGUGAAGCCACUUGUUCAGGAACCCAUUCCCAAGGACCCUCUGUCUCCGAUACCUAUGGAUGUGUCAAUGAAAGAGGAAGGCCUCUGCCAAGCUUUUUCUGGCACCUUAUUAGAAGUGGAAGAUAUUGAUGCUGAAGAUGGCAGUAAUCCUCAACUGUGCAGCCAGUACAUUAAAGACAUCUACAAAUACUUGCGCCAGCUUGAGAUGCAGCAAACAAUCAGACCUCGUUACCUUGAGGGGCAAGAAAUAAAUGAACGCAUGCGUGCCAUCCUGGUUGACUGGUUAAUUCAAGUUCAUUCGAGGUUCCAUCUGCUCCAAGAAACCCUCUACAUGACCUUGGCUAUAAUGGAUCGUUUUCUACAAAGCCAACCAGUUUCUCGGAAGAAGCUCCAGUUAGUUGCUGUGACUGCCAUGCUGCUAGCAUCCAAGUAUGAGGAGAUGUACCCACCUGUUAUUGGAGACUUUGUUUACAUCACAGACAAUGCAUACACCAAGACCCAAAUCAGACAAAUGGAAAUCCUAAUUCUCAAAGAGCUUGAAUUUAAUUUGGGCCGUCCACUUCCUCUGCAUUUUCUGAGGCGUGCUUCAAAGGCUGGUAAUGUUGAUGCUGAAAAACACACCCUUGCCAAGUAUCUGAUGGAGUUGACAGUUACAGACUACAGCAUGGUGCACAUCUACCCUUCUGAAAUUGCAGCAGCUGCUCUUUGUCUUGCUCUCAAAGUCCUGGAUCAAAGCAAAUGGACCCCAGUUCAGCAAUACUACACUGGCUACUCGGAGGAAUCCUUGCUUUCAACUAUGAAGCACAUAGCAAAGAAUGUGGUGAAAAUAAAUGAAGGCCUCACAAAGCAUGUUGCUAUAAAGAACAAAUAUGCAAGUGCUAAACUGCUGAAAAUAAGCACUAUUCCUCAACUAAAGUCACCAAUUAUCAAAGAACUUGCUGCUUCCCUAUUGUAACCAUCCAAAAAUGGACAUUUUUUUGCACUUUUUGGAGAUUUUAACGGAUUGCUGCUAUAACACAGAAGUGUGAACUGUGGUACAUCAGGUGCAUACUCUUAUUUCAAACCCUAUGAACUUUGCUGUCUGUCUUUGUCACUGAUUUCUAAUCUUUAACUUCAGUUCCUCCGGAGUUUCUGUAUGGAGAAUGGUCAGUCUCAUCAGCAAUGGACCCAUUGGUUAUGGACACUUGAUCAGCAACUAAAAUAACAGUAGUCUAAUGCUUUAAAUGUGUAAAUUUUUUAAUGUUCUACGAUUGUGCCUUUUGUAAUGCAAACUUCAGUACAAAAUUUAAACACUUCCAAUUUUAAGCUUGUGGGGGUGACUUUUAAACACUUUCCAUGGAGCACUUGCUUUGCUGUUCAUCUGUAGGAUGUUCUUUAAUGCAAAUUGCUGCUUUCAAGCCAAGCUUUUGAGAUUGGAUAGUAACUUAAAUGGUUUUAAAUAUUAGCUACUUGAUUUUUUUUAAAGUUUGGGCUUAAUGUUGAAUUGGUAUACAGCAGCAUAUUGGCCACCUUUGCAGCCUAGUAAUUCAUCCUGUUGGUAUUGAUCAAUUCGGUUUUGGGGAGACUGACCAAGCUGGGACAACUUGUAUCAUGUGCUAGUGCAGAUCUAGAAUGCUAAGUGUUUAAUGUACAAGUGCAGAGUUGAAUGCAUUUUGGAUUUCUAGAUUUUGGUUCUAGUUGAUUUUAAUUUAAACUGGGCAAACAGGAUGAAAUCUGUAAUUGGCUGGGCCUGCUAAAUAGUUUCCAAAUCAGAUUAAGAACAAGUCAAAGUAAACUGGUGCAAUCAAACAUCUGGCUCAUUAAGAGAAUAUUUCAUGUAGAUUUUUAGUCCCUCUUUACUGGUUUAAAUGUGAACUAUCACAAUUUUGCAGAUGUUUUGUUAAUUUUCUUCCAAAACAAAAUGAAUUCGGUAUAAAUCCUAUAGUGACUGAGCAGUCAAAGUAACAACAUUACUCAGUUCAGCUGUUUUGGGACAAGGAUCUUGGAGGGUGCCUUGAAUACUGUGGUAUUGCUAGAUGUUUAAUCUGAGCACUGUGAUUUGUACUGUAAAAUAAAGUACAUGAUAUGGUUGCUAUAGUCAACAAGAAACUGGAUUGAAUUGUUUUGUGCCAAACUUAGUACAACUGGUUUAAUAAAAUUGAGUAUUCAUGAAG